UGCAUAAAAGAAUGUAAAUACGUGAUUGUUGUGCAAGGUUUUACGUUUUGGAGUAGUGAUUAAAUAAACACAAUUUUUAGAUACGUAACAAAUCAAUUUACGUAUUAAAAAUGGCAUACAGACAUUGUGAUAAUUAUCCAUCAAAUGACGUACUCAAAUAACAGAUUAAUUUAGCGAAAUUCUAAAAUACACAGUGAAAGUUGGUUGAUACAUGAAUGUUGACAUUCAUUGAUGGCUGUUGAUGCAAUCAAUGAAAUUGGAGAGGCUUGUUUGUGGCUGAUGUGUUUGUCAUGACGUUGCGAGAAUUUACGACAAAUGCUUCAACAACAAGCAAUGAUAUGUAUCAAGUUUUUAUCACCGGAUACCGCUUGACGGAGGUAGCUCAUGGCAAAUCUUUUUACGUUUAUACCAUACAAGUAACCGAUUCAACAACUGGUGUUAAAUAUUCGAUUGAAAAAAGAUACAGUGCAUUUAAUGCUCUGCAUAGAAAGCUAAAAAAAGAAACUGAUACAGUACCUUUCCCACCGAAGAGAGUUAGAAAUUGUCAUCCAAAAGUAUUAGAACAAAGAAAAGCUGCUCUUGAAUUUUAUAUCCAGAAGAUGCUGCAGUUAUCUAUGACUAAGCAACAAGUUUUAGAGUUUUUAGGAAUUGAAGGUGCUAAAGGGACCAGCAAAAUGAUCUCUAGAAGAUUUGAUGGAAAAAGAAAUAAUGGUAAUGGCACUAAUAUGCAUUCAGCCAGCGAAAUAGGACAUCAUCCUGUAAUAACAUUUAAAUGUGAUCCAUAUGUAAAUGCUGACUCAAAAUCAAGUCUACCUGAUAUAGUAAUUCAGGGUGCGUUAUUAGGUAUUUAUAAAUCGGAAAGUUAUUCAUAACUUAAUGAGAUAAUAAUUAAUAUGAACAAUUACUCGUGAACAAUUACUCAGUAUCUGCAUACAAUACUAUUAAUUGAUUGUUUUUAUACUUUGAUAUUGUCUGUGAUUCAUAUCAAUUUUUUGUACAGAUAAAUUUACAAGAUGAUUUAUGAUAUAAUAAACAAAAAAAAGAUGUU